UUGUGAGAACGAGAGAGAGAGUAAGGUGAGUCCAUGGCGUCGAAGAUUGUCUCAGCCAUAGUCUUUGUGUUCAACCUCGUUGCCUUUGGUUUAGCCGUUGCUGCUGAACAAAGACGUAGCACUGCAAGGGUUGUGCAGGACGCUGAGGUGCAAUACAACUACUGUGUGUAUGAUUCGGACAGAGCCACAGGGUAUGGAGUUGGAGCCUUUUUGUUCUCAGUGGCUAGCCAACUCCUUAUCAUGUUCGUUAGCCGUUGCUUCUGCUGUGGAAAGCCUCUCAAGCCUGGCGGUUCACGCGCUCUGGCCCUAGUUCUCUUCAUUGUCAGCUGGAUGUUCUUCUUGAUAGCGGAGAUAUGUCUUUUAGCUGGAUCGGUGGAGAAUGCAUACCACACAAAGUACAGGACAAUGUUCAUGGACAAUCCUCCUGAUUGCCAAACUCUUCGUAAGGGCGUCUUCGCUGCAGGCGCCUCAUUUGUCUUCUUCAAUGCUAUUGUCUCUCAGUUUUACUAUUUCUUCUAUUCCUCUGCUGCUGAGGCCUCCCUUUCACCUUACUAAUUCUUAACCAACAUAUAAAUUUUUUUGUUUCCCUUUUUUCCUUUGUGCUAUGUGAUAUGCUGAUAUCAUAUUUUCUUGUUUUUUAAUGUAUGACUGCAAAAUUGUUUGAAACUAAGGGUACAACUACACUAUGAGUUUUGUAGAUUGAUUUGUAUGGUUAUUGAAUGGAAAUGUUGUUUUUAAUAAGGUCA